UUAAAAUGAACUUAAUGAUAGUUCAUACAAAUGAUAAGAAUGCCCGAAUCGAGCACUGCAGUAUUGUUUAUUAACUGUGACAGUAAAGAUGUUCCUGUUUUUGUUACUCGUGGCUACUGUUAUUAUUCUAACGUUCGUUUUCUUUAUCGGAUGGUACAAUGAACGAUAUUGGAGAAAACGAGGAGUGAUAUUCGACAAGGGAAACAAUCACAUAAUUGGCCCUUAUUGGCAAUUCCUGACUGGCGACCGAGCAUUGUUCGAAAUAUUCGGGGAGAUGUAUAAGAAAUAUCACGAUGAACCAGCGGUUGGGUUCAGUACGCUAUUCACACCAUCGCUGUUCAUCUUAGACCCGAAGAAUGUCCAGUAUGUGAUGCAGGGGUCUAUGUUCAUCGACCGGGGAGUAGAUUACCACAAAGAAGACUAUCUGGCGGACAACAUACUCUUCAUGAGCGGUGUGCGGUGGAAGCUAAUGAGACAGAAAAUGACUCCACUUUUUACAUCAAUCAAAUUAAAGAACAUGUAUUACAUUAUCGAUAAAAGUACUAAAGAUUUCGUUCAGUACUUACACAAAAAUCCUGAAAAACAAAGAGGUAAUACAUUUGACACGCUGUCCACGUUCUGCUGUAGUGCUAUCGGAGAUGCUGUGUUUGGAGUCAGUUAUGCAUCUACAUUAGUUUCGCCUUUCCUAGAUAUAACCAGGAAAGCUUUUUCUGCAAGUCAUUGGAACAAUUUAAUAUUCACCAUGUCAAACUUCACCCCGGCAUUGUUUAGUGUAUUACAACUUAAAUUCUUUAAACAGUUUGAAACAUUUUUCAUCGCUGCAAUGAAACAGGUGUUCAGACAACGAGAAAAAGAGGGAGUGAAGAGACAUGAUUUUGCUGAUAUCUGUUUGAGCUUGCAGAGAAACGGUGUGAUGAAACAUGAAGAGACGGGAUUUCAGAUACAACCUACAGAUGAGUUAUUGGCAGCUCAAGGAUUCUUUUUCUUUAUAGCAGGGGUAGAACCUACAGCGACAAGUAUAUUUGGUGCUAUGAUUGAAAUAGGAAGACAUCAUGAAAUUCAGAAGCGGCUACAGGAAGAAAUAGAUAAGGUUUUCGAAAAGUAUAACGGUCAACUAACCUACGAAGCCAUAAUGGAUAUGGAAUAUUUGGACAAAGUGAUAAAGGAAUCCCUGAGAAUGUAUCCUCCACUUGGUUUUGUAACCCGACGAUGUACUGAACCGACGAUUUUGCCUGUAGGCAAUAUAAAAGUUGAUAAAGGUACCAAACUUUAUAUUCCUAUUUACGCAUACCACCACGAUCCUAAAUAUUUUGUAGAACCACAUGUGUUUAAUCCAGAAAGGUUCGACGAUUCAAAGAAAAAUUUUGGCGUAAUUUACCAGCCAUUUGGAUUCGGUAAUAGAAUAUGCAUCGGCAUGCGUUACGCUAGACUACAAGUGAAAAGUGGCUUAGCUCAUAUUCUUCGUAAUUUUGAUCUUAAAACAGUUGUUGGCAGUGGUGGAAUAAAAUUUGGCAAAGAUCGAAUACAAUUGCGAGUACAUAACGUCGAUGUAGUAUACACUCCUAAGAAAGUUAAAAGCACUUAAUUAGCUGUAAUCUUUAU